AUGUCUAGCACUGCUGGUCAGGUCAUUCGCUGCAAAGCCGCGGUUGCUUGGGAAGCAGGGAAGCCGUUGGUGAUUGAAGAAGUGGAGGUGGCUCCCCCGCAGGCUAAUGAAGUUCGCUUGAAGAUCCUCUUUACUGCUUUAUGCCACACCGAUAUUUACUUUUGGGAAGCUAAGGGCCAAACACCUCUGUUUCCUCGUAUAUAUGGUCACGAAGCUGGAGGAAUUGUGGAGAGCGUAGGUCCUGGUGUGACUGCUUUCCAGCCAGGUGACCAUGUCCUACCAGUAUUCACUGGGGAGUGCAGGGAGUGCCGCCACUGUAAAUCAGAAGAAAGCAACUUGUGCGAUCUCCUCAGGAUUAAUACUGAUAGGGGUGUUAUGCUCACUGAUGGCAAGCCAAGGUUCUCUAUCAAGGGAAAGCCAAUUUACCACUUUCUUGGUGGCUCCACGUUUAGCGAAUAUACUGUCUGCCAUGUUGGGACUGUUGCCAAGAUCAACCCGGCUGCCCCUCUUGACAAAGUUUGUAUUCUUAGCUGCGGAAUGUCCACAGGUCUUGGCGCUACUUUGAAUGUUGCAAAACCUAAAAAGGGUCAAACUGUUGCCGUUUUCGGACUGGGUGCUGUUGGUCUUGCUGCUGCUGAGGGAGCAAGGUUAUCAGGAGCUUCGAGGAUAAUUGGUGUCGAUUUGAACCCCAAGAGAUUCAAUGGAGCAAAGAAUUUUGGUGUUACUGAUUUUGUAAAUCCAAAAGAUUACGACAAGCCUGUUCAACAGGUGAUAGUUGAGAUGACGGAUGGAGGAGUUGAUCGGAGUGUUGAAUGCAGUGGAAACCCCCAAGCCAUGAUCUCAGCAUUUGAAUGCGUUCAUGAUGGUUGGGGUGUUGCUGUAAUUGUUGGUAUCCCAGGCAAAGAUGCUGAAUUCAAGACCCAUCCAAUGAAAUUCUUACAUGAGAGGACCCUUAAAGGGACCUUCUUUGGCAACUACAAGCCUCUCACUGAUCUUCCUGGAGUGGUGGAAAAAUAUAUGAAUAAGGAACUAGAAGUGGAGAAAUUUAUCACUCACUCUGUUCCUUUCUCGGAGAUUAAUAAAUCAUUUGAUUACAUGCUGAAUGGAGAGGGUCUGAGGUGCAUUAUUCGCAUGGAAGGUUAG